GUGAGGUGUAUAGCCUGUUGACGAUACGUACGUUAUGGCAGGCGGCGUCGUGACGGCCACGAUGAUGGUGAUGGCGAUGGCGACGGCAUUGGUGCAGGGGACCCGGGACCCGGACUUCUUCGUGGAGGGCGACGUGUACUGCGACACGUGCCGCGCCGGCUUCGUCACCAACGCGACGACGGCGAUCCAGGGCGCUCGUGUGCGGCUGGAGUGCCGGCACUACAUGAGCGCGAGUGGCGCCGUGGAGCGAUCGGCGGAGGGGACGACGGACGCGGCGGGCCACUACCGCGUCGAGCUGGUGGACAACCGCGGCGCCGAGGAGGUAUGCUCGGUGGCGCUGGUGAGCAGCCCGGUGCCGGGAUGCCGCGAGACGGAGGCAGGACGCGACCGCGCGCCGGUGACUCUGGUGCAGGACGCCGGGCUCGCCACCAUGGUGCGCCGCGCCAACCCGCUGGGCUUCCUCAAGGAUCAGCCACUCCCCAUCUGCGGCGACCUCCUCAAGAGCUACGCGCUCGGCACCGCGCCAAGCUACUAGCCGCCCGCUCUCUUUUUGUUUUUAUGUUUAGGUUAAAAUAUUCUUUAAUUUCCUUCAAAAAGAAGUGUUGUUUUUGUUCUAUAGAUUAAUCCUUUAAUUUCCCUAAGAAAGAGGUUUCUAUAGAAAAUAGAACUUUCCAUUAAUUGCACCUUCGUUGGUGUCCACUCGGUUCUAAGGACACGUAUAAAGGUGUCAGAUUAUCACGUAAGCAAAUUUGGUAAUGUGGAGGAAAAAGAGGAAAAGAGAGAGAAAAGCUAUUGUUAUACAUGACAACGGC